ACUAAGUUACCCAGCAUUUCAUCUACGCUUCAAGUUCUUCUUUUUGAAUAUUGCAGCCAUAGAUUCUAGCGUUUUCCAUGUUUCGAAAAGCCAUAUCUCAAGCCUUUCUUCUGGAGGUGGAGCGCAAGUUUUGCCGGCUUGCAGUCCCAGAUCUCAUCCUUCAUGUCGGGAACCCACCAUUCCAGAGCAUCCAGUCACACGGCCAGCGCAUUUUCAAAGAUACUUACUUCGACCGAGCUGGACUCCUCACAGCAGCAGGUGUGUGGGUCAGGCUACGCAACGGGCAAUGGGAGGCCAAAGUGAGAAAGGGUGGCAGCUUCCAAAACUCAAGGUUCGAGGAGCUGACUGACCCUCGCGAAAUCGGGAUGCAAGUACGCACCAUUACAGGACGAGUAUGCAGCGAGCGCGAGUUUUACGGCCUCGAUCGCAUUGCGACCAUGUGCACGACAAGAAGAACGUGGCUGGCGGACGAGAGGUUCUCGAUCGUGCUAGACGCGAUGGACUUUGGGCACGAGGUCGGCGAGGUCGAGCUGCAGUCCGAAGUGCAUCUCACUCAUACGGGCCAAGAGCUGGAGGACCACAAGCAAAGGGUAAUGCAGCAGAUGGACGAAGAGAUUGUAGCUUUCAUGGAACGAUAUCGGUGGGCGUUUGCUGCUGGUGUGCCAAUAGGAAAGCUGACAGCAUACUUUGAACGCCAGGCCGAAGGCAGGCUGUAGAUAUGAAGCAAGGCUGCAUAUUGAGUGACCGUUGAUGCGCUAAGCUGUAUUCGGUUAUUUGCAAACAUGACGUGUCGCAAUACACGCUUUGCGUUAGCGUUGCAGGGUCUUUCUGUAGAUGCAAAGAGACUGGCCGUAGCUCGUGUACAUAUGUACAUGCAAGGAUGAGAUUUCAGAUACUAGUUGGCUAAGUAGUGAGUUUCUUAUUUUUCACUGUUCGAA